UCGCUUGAAUUUUUUGAGUGGUGAGUGCUUCAUUUUCCCGCAAGACAGACCGCUGAACCAAGUUGAAGUUUUCCCUGGUUGGGGUGGAGAAAUGAGCCUGUAAUUUUGUGGUUGCUGUGACACAAACGACAAUGGUCAAAAGCAGCAUAUGCAUAUCGUUGGUUCUAGUCCUGGGCCUCUGCAAACUUCCAGUGGCCAAGUCGCAGAGGGAAGGUCUCUCAGAUGAGAUAGUUGUGCAGUUUGGUGACAUUGACCUGAAUGCAAUAAAGAGCUACAACAUUUGCUCGAGUGACUCUAACGGCACCGACUGCUUUCUUAGCAUAUUACCGCAGACCAUCUACGAUGUAGUCGGGCUCUCCAUUAACAUGACCCAGUGUUUAGCCAUCGAACAGUUUGAACCGGAUAAGAACCCCCCGGAACUAAUUCAGUUUGACAUGUUUGAUUUAAACACUGGGACUCUGUUUCUAAGCUUCAAUGAGACCAUUAGAACAUCGUCAGCCAACUUCUCGGCGCUUACCCUGCAGUCUUUCUAUGACAGUGCGGGGGGUGAAGAGGUCGUGCAAUUGCAGCAAGGACGCAUAGAGACAGAGGAUGAGUUUUCCACAUCCCUGACUCUUAGACUAGCAGAUGAUGACUUGUUUGAGCUACAACGCCUCUAUCCGAGAAUAUGUACUACAUCGGGUAACUGUUGGGUAAAGUUUACUUCCCAGCUCGUGCUCGAUGUUGCAGGGAAUCCCGUAGUUCCCGCCGUAGAUGGCGUUUUCUCAGAAUCACACAGCGCUGCCCGAAUAUUGCAGGAUAGUAGUAAUCCCGAGAUUGUUAACUUUGCCAUCAACCUCAAUGCCGAUCCAGCACGUGUAAAUUUCACAUUCAGUGAAAUAGUAACUGUUAAUACUUUCAACCCAGAGGCGAUAACAUUUACAAAUGGGUCGGUCAACUACACGCUAACCGGUGGGGAAGUAUUAACAACUGAAGAUGCUGUCGUCAGUUUCACAUUUCAGUUAGAAUUCGAAGAUACAAUUGCCCUCAAGGCAAUUGAUGAUUUCUUUACGGGUACUGAGAAUAGCCUGCUGACAUACAGAGCAGAUGUGGUUGAGGAUCCCUUUGGUGAGUUGGCACAGCCUCGCAAUUUUUCCAAUGCGCUAUCAGCUGGAGACUUUACACAAGAUAGUCUCCCUCCCUCCCUCUCUGGGUUUCGACUCAUGGAUUUGGACAACGACCUCAUGCAACUGAGCUUUAGUGAGCCUGUUGAUCGAAACACUCUAGACUUCCCACGUAUUACACUACGCUCGGGACCCUCAUCUCAGGUAAGCUCUGAAACCGUACAGCUAACGGGGGCCAUAAGUGUGCGAUAUGUGACUGAAGUAGAUGUCCACCGGAGAGUUAUAGAGGUAGUGUUCAGUUACAGUGACAUUAGAGCUAUAAAAACCCAGCCACCUUUGGCCACCGAUAUAGACACCAGUUAUAUUGAGCUCCAGCCUGGUGCAAUAGCUGACACUGCAGGCGUCGAAAGCUCGGCAACCGCCGUUGCAUUACAAGCUCAAACCUACGUGACUGAUAGCAGAGGGCCAAGGUUGCUCUCCUUUGUUCUUGAUCUAACGCGAAACGCAUUAUCCCUCACGUUCGAUGACAUCAUUGACAUUGACACGGUUGAUGUAGGGGAGAUAACACUGCAGCCUGAUCAAAAUGGAGAGUCGUCAGAAAUUUACACUCUUACCGAUUCUGAGGUUGUUGGGUCAAGCCACUUCAACUUCACCAUAAGCCUCUCGGAAACUGACACCAACGAAAUCAAUUCUCUUCCAAAUCUGGCAACAGGACGAGGAAAUACGUUCAUCUCACUUACAGGAGCAGCACUAGAUGGAAUUAAUGGGGUUGACGUCCUAUCUAUUGUGAGGUCCAACGCUCUUAAUGCAUCUGAUUUUACCCCAGACACGAUACCACCUAGCCUCGAAGAAUUCUACAUCGACUUUAAUUCCGAGAUGCUUACUCUGGUGUUUGACGAAACGGUAGAUGUGUCGACAUUUGAUGCAACUCAAUUUACACUGCAGAAUUCUGCAUCUAAUCCAACUCGGAGUGUGACCCUUAGUGGAGGCAUUGUCACAAGCAUGAGAUAUGUGACUUCGUUUCAGGUUGAAUUCUUGAGAAGUGAUUUGAAUAUGAUCAAGACUUACACUGACUUUGCUGUUGAUAACACCUCUACUUACCUACUGCUGACAGACGCCACAAUUCGCGAUAGUAGGGGUAAUCCCAUUGUCCCA